UAUACAGAUACUUUGAGAACAAUUUAGACACUUCAAAUUUACAAGACUACAAAAUUAUAUUACUCCACAUGAAACAAGCUCAAGAAAGAAUUCAAGAAUUUGAACGAUUGCAAAAAGCACGACAUCUUCUGGAUGCCAUUUCAUUAAUAAAUGAUUUGCUUACUGAUGGUUCUGAGAUAGAAAUUUUGUCGCUUGUUCCAAUAAUAAUGAGAAGAUUAAAUAAAUUGGGCGUGACAAAUAUAACAGCAGAUAAGGAGAAUGAACAUUGGUACAAAAAUACAAGACUAUCAGCUUUGAGACUUACACAUAGCGGCAUUUAUCACUGUUGCACUUUCUGUUCUAGUGGUGGAAAAAAGGAAAUAACUUGUGGUUGUAGAGGCACCAUGCCUGGUGGAUAUAAAGGCUGUGGUCAUGGACAUAUUGGACAUCCAGGCUUUAACCAUUGGUCUUGUUGUGGGUCUAUAUUACGUAAUGGUCGUUGUUUGAUUAUACGAAAGACUAUGCAUCAACUUAUAUUGUGAAUUAUCUUAAUAAAUUAAUAAAUAUCUUCUGUGUAUGACUAUAA